GCCGCCUUGCCUUCUCGAGGUUAUAAGCCAGCAGUCUUGUCGUCGUAAAUUAAACACAUGCUUCCUGAGGCGUCUGUCUUGAACCCUGCUCACGGUGUUCCGAGAUUCACCUCGCUUCCUGAGAGCCUCCACUCCACACCUCCACUGCGUGCCUCCAUUCUGCGGCUCACUGUCGGCGCUACACUUCUCGACAUGGCCGAGCCAACAGCAGACGACAUAGCAUCCCAAGUCACCCAGGAACUGGGCCAGACCCCAUUCGCUUGCACGUCGCUUACUCCACUCUCUGGCGGCAACGCGAACUUUAUAUUUAGGGGCAAGCUGCAGAAACCUCUGCAUGACGGAACAGCCGAGAUUGCCAUCAAACAUGGCGAGGCCUUCGUUGCUCUCUCUCCAUCAAUAAAACUCCCGACUUCGCGUUGCAUACUAGAGGAGACAUGUCUUCAGGCGCUGCAAACGCUGGCCCCGACAACGAGCCAGUCGUACAGUGUUCGAUCGCCCCGCCUGUUCCAAUUCAACCCGGACUCGAGCACCCAGGUCCAGGAGUACCUGCCCAACUCUUUGAACCUCAAACACUAUGCAUUCAGGCGCUUGCUGCCCCCCACGCCCGAGCACCACCGGCCCAAGGUCCUUGAAUUAGGGCAGGGUCUUGGUAGAUGGCUGCACAGCUUCCAUGAGUGGUCCAGCCUGCCGGCGCAAGAGGCUGUGCGGGAGGCGGCCAAGGCGAACAAGGAGCUGCAGGCGAUUAAGCUUACCUACAACUACGAAAACCUCCUCUGGCAGUUCGAUGAUUUCCCGUUCCUCAAGGAUUCCGAGGAUUUGUUCCAAGAAGUCCUUGCAAACGCGAGGCUAGAACUCCAAGACGAGGCCAAGCUGCACGUCAUCCAUGGGGACUUUUGGACCGGAAACAUUCUGAUCCCCGAUCAAGAUCUCGAGUCCAACGACCAAUCAUCCAUCUUCGUGGUGGACUGGGAGAUGUGUGAAUUGGGCGUGCGCCCAGUGGACCUCGGUCAGAUGAUCGCAGAGCUCUAUGAGCUUUUCCUCUACAAGGGCAUUGAGGCCGCUCUGUGGCUGAUCGAGGGGUUUGCGACUGGCUACGGGUAUGUGGAUGACGACUUUGCCUUCCGCGCUGCCCUUCAUGUUGGCACACACUUAGUUGGUUUUGGGACCAGUGUGCCAGGCUGGGGCAGCCCAGAGGCCAUAGAGAGAGUCUGUAAGACCGGAAGAGAUAUCAUAACCCAUGCCUGGCGUAAGGACCGGGCGUGGUUCGCGGAACACCACCUAUCGCCCCUCUUUAGGAAGUAGCCGCCUUAGACGGUCGCUUUCACACACCGCAUACAUUAUUAUCGUAACACCGCUGCACCUUCGAGAAGUUAUCUGAUGUCAUACCAGAGCCCUCGUGGCUUGGCAGCCUCUGCUUACCUAGGUGGUUAUGAUAUGGGAGACUCUUCUGUACAUCUCCGAUCUAAGGGUAUCGUUGUAGGAGGUUGCCCUAUCGCAGGUUUUCGCGUAGGGUGUUGUUUCAU